UGGGAAGACUUAAAACUAAAGUUUCGUUGUAGGCUUGUUGAGUGAUUAGAUGUUAUAGUUAUAAAAGUAUGUGCAUUUCAAAACAUUGUAAAUGUUUAUAGUGAGUUCUGCACACUUGCCUGCUUGGAAAUCACCAGGUCUGUGUGAUAUUUAUUUAUUUCUUCAAUUAAGUUUCAAGUCAAGAGUAAGGUGGCUUAACAAACGCUUCUUAAAUAUAAUUAAAAUAGAUCGAGCAUUUACACACACACAAACUCGCAAAGCUACAUAAGAAAAAACAGUAUAGAGAUGUUCUGGGAAGGUGCAUGUGGUGGAUUAACAAAUCAUAUUAUAUUAUAACGGGCCUGAAGUAUCUUACAACUUUCUUUUCAAUGCAGUUAACAUUUUAGGGCACUUAAAUCAAGCAGUCUUUGUAAAAUUUUGUUUUUGCCCAGUGUAGCAAACAGAUCAAUCAAACCAACUACAUUAUCUCAGUACUGGGAGUCAUUUAUCGCCACCUACUGGCCUAACAAGGAAACCUGCAGACUGACUGUUUGGACCAAUAAGCAAAGUAUAAAUCAGUGAAAAGUGCUGUAUGAUAUAAAAGUUUUUUUGUUUUUUUUGUCAAACUUUUGAAUGCAUGUAAAAGACUAUAACAGCACACAUUAAAAUGUGUGUGUGCGUUCACACAAUGUUCUGUACACUGAAGCUCUGGGGGUUUUAUGAGUGUUCCGUUCACCCUGGUACUGUUUGAUUACUCAAGAUACCGUUACUUAGCACUUCACACACACUUGAACACUCUCCAUGAAAUCAUAAGGUAAAUAUGUGAUCAUGAGCGGGUUCACUGGCAAGCGGACUGAAAUUACAGAGCGUGUGGAGCUGCAUGUGUUUUAUGUACCCGAUGAUCAGUUUGAUCGGAGGUUGAAUAAAGUAUCAGCUGAAGCUGUGGACACUUUCAUCUCGGCUGGAUUUAUCAGAGUUGAUUCAGAUGUGAGUCUGUCUGAUCUCAGAUCUGAUCUUGGAACAUUUCUCGGGCUGGACAGGAUCGCAGAUAGAUAUGUUUUUUUAAAAUGUGUUGGCAGGAGUUUGGCACUGGUUAAAUUCAGACAAGAGGGAGAACUGACAGUAAAAUCCUUUACUCCACCAUUUGCUCCUUUUCCUGAGCUUUACCUUUUACCCGUGGGAGAGAAUGACAGUGGCCUUUGCUCUAGCUCUCUGACCCCUGAUACUUUAAUUAGCCACGCUGACCAUCACGAUUUCCCCAGACCAACAUGUGCGCCUGGCAAGAUAAAAGAGCCCAUUAAAUUCCCCUCAAUCAAUAAAGGACCUCAGCGGUCUGUACCAAUGCAGGAUGCAGAGGAGGAUGAAAGUGAUGAAGACACAGGAUCCUCUGACACUCCUCAUCUAACACACAGUUCGCAAGAUCAGAUGGAGCCCGUAAACAAACAGUCCGACAGAAAUCUUGCUAAGCAGGAAGGCUUUUCUCAAGUAGAAAUGGAUACAGCUGUGAAAAAGAAACAUUGUUUUAAAAGAAAAAACAGAAAUUCUGGAGCUACAGAGUCUUUUGGGGAUUCUCAUGGACUUGCAAGGAAAUUUAGUAGUUCUCUGACACUGAAAUCAAGUGAGGAAAAAACGGAUGAUGUGAGUCUUAUGAGUAGACCAACCUCUCCACUCCCAGCAGAGAGAAGUUCUCCACCGUCUGCCUGUUCCCUUGAACUUUAUACACAACAAACAACCACUAAAAAUGAGCUGAUAGAGGAAAUCAAGCUACUUAAAGAGCAAAGGAAGAAGCUCGAACAUUCAAGGCAAGAACUUUUGAAAAAGGGCAGAGAGCUUUUAGCGCUGAACAGACAUCGCAGGAACCAAGCACGUGAUCGAUGGAAGAGGCGAUAUUUUGACACUAAGAAGACAACAACACUUCUGGAGGACACACUGAAAGGCGUACGACUGGAACUUCACACCUUCUACAGUAAAAUGCUACAACAACUCCAAGCCCGGGAUGCUGCAAAACGACGCACACAAGCAAAGAAACAGUCAAGCACAAAGCUAAAGAAUGAGUUGAUAAUCCAGAUAAUGACAGAGAGCAGUGAAAUUGAUAAUCUGAGGAAAAAUGUGGAUGAUGCUCAAAUGAAACUGGCCACAGAGAUCAAGUUGAGAAAGCAAGCUGCAACAGAACUACGGGCCCUGAGAGCGGAACUGAUGCAAAAGAGAGCUCAGUUAUAAAGAAACAGAAUACAUGUCUAUGUGCUCAGCAGUAGAUUUCUUAGAAAUUAUAUCUCUUUGUGGACAAAAGUUGUGAUUCAAUUAAUAAAAUUAUGAAUAUAUUUUUACAUGAAGCACAAAAUACAGUAUUUAAGGGAUUUGACAUAUUGAUUUGGAAUUAGAUCAGCUUCUUUGGUUUAAUCUUGCUGUUUGAAGUAUGCAGUUUCUGCACCAGUAACAUCACCAAAGGAAAACUGUCUAACACUGUUCAGCUAAACAGAUGGUUGAGGCAACGCUGCAGUGUUGGACUGGCCAGGUUGUAGACCAAUGGUUCCAAAGCACCUCAAUGUUUGCACAUUUUGGGGAACCGUCCUAUGGAUGGCUGACUUAAUGACCGUAUGAUAAGAUGGGUUAUGAGAGUAUUUUAACGUCUACAAAAUGAUAUGCUUUACAUUUAACAUACAAUAAAAUCAUUAUUUUUAUAAUUUGUAAACACUGAGUCUCACCAAAAAAUGAGCUGUCAAAGAAAACUAUAUAACUUGCUAUAAUCAGGGUUUCUGCAGGUUUUAAGAAAGCAAAUGUAAGAUUUAUUACACUGUAAAAAAAAACUUAAACUUAACUUAAAUUUAAACUGUCAAAUUAAAAUAAUUUGUUACCCUGCUGCCUUAAAAUGUUAAGUUCAGUCAACUCAUAUACCUUUAAACAAUUUGGAAUGUUAAGUUGUACAAAGUGACAACUUAGAUAUUUGAGUUGACUAAAGAAUUGGUUUGUUAAACUUAAAAGCUGGGCUUGUUACCCAGCUGCCUUAAAAUUGUAAGUUAAACCAACUCAAAUAUCUAAGUUGUCACUUUAUUAACAUUAACAAUUUAACAUUUCAAGUUGACAAAUUUUUUUUUUUAGUUGACUGAACUUUU